AUGGUCACACCACUUUGGGAACUCCAGAACUUCCUGGGCUGUGGCGUCUUCCUAGUAAGCGUGGACAUUGAAGACCUUACUGCAAAUCUAUCUGGAAGCACAGGGAUGAGGGACAGUGCAAAGGACCUGCUCCCACCUGGAGCCGAGCGGGGCGGGCGGAACGCUGGUGCGCGGAACGCUCGGCGCAGCUCCUGUUCCCAGCCGGCAGCUCCGGGGGGACCGCGCAGGGGGACGGACCGCCGCGGGCGCCGCGCCGCGGGCACGAUGUGGAGCCGCGUCCGUGCCUGGGGCGGCGCGGCCGGGGGCUCCUGUCGCCUCGCCGCGCGGCUCCUCGCCGGCCCAGCGAGCGGCCGGGAGGCGGCGGGGGUAGCGCGGCUGGAGGGGAGGCCGCACAGCAAAAUGCAGAAACUCUUCAGCACAAGCAGUGUGCUUUCUACUGAGAAAGAUGAAUCUACCGCUUCCAAAGACGGCACCACUGAAAUAGCAUCAAAGAGUCAGGAGAGUACAGCAGAAACACCAAAGCAGAAGUUGUUAGACAUUAUUGGUAGUAUGAAAGUAGAAGUGAGCUACAGGAAGAAACUCCAACAGUUAAAAACACAGGAGAUCAAAAAGCAAGCCACAAAUAAGCUGGGAGGCCUGGACAGCGAAGGUAGUGUGCUUCAGAAAACUACAGAAGACACCCAGCGAGGCAAACCUUUAAAUCCAGAACUGGUGGAAGCUGCUUCUGCAGUUGCAUCUUCCCUACCGCUCAACAAAAAACAGACAGAAUCAGAACUACUUGCACAACUAAGACGACACGAAGAAACCACAGAUAAACAGAAAAAGGGGGGAACUAUUAACUUACGCAACGUUAUUUCAGAAAUGGCAGUUAAAAGGCAGGCCCCAGCUCAGAGAGGUGUGAGGAUAUCCAAUCGCAUUUCCUUGGAGUUGGAUGAGGAUGGUCAAAGAAUCAAGCCUGAAAGAUUGUCACCGCAGUCUUUUGACUCCAGAAGAAGUCUCAAAGUAGGAAGGAGACUGAAUAUAUUCACUAAGGCUUCUACAGAAACAGAAGACGUACUGAAAACAGCAUCUUCACCAACAAUUUGGGAUCUGGAAUUUGCGAAGGAGAUCGCAGCAAUGACUGCACAGCCUCCCCGAAAUGGUUUUGAGGAGAUGAUCCAGUGGACAAAAGAAGGAAUUCUGUGGGAGUUCCCAAUUGACAAUGAAGCUGGGAUGGAGGAUGAUGCUGAAUUUCAUGAACAUAUCUUUCUGGAGAAACACCUCGAAGACUUUCCCAAGCAAGGACCUAUUCGCCACUUCAUGGAACUAGUCAUCUGUGGGCUUUCAAAAAACCCAUACCUCAGUGUUAAACAGAAGAUUGAACAUAUUGAAUGGUUUCAGAAGUAUUUUGAGGAAAAGAAGGAACUUCUUCAAGAGAUUUGAGACUUGGGGAAGUGCUUAACCUUGAAAUGAAGAAUCAUUACAUCAAAAUUGAUGAUUUCUUAUAAUGGAAAUACUGUCAGUACUUAGUAAUCAUGUGACCUGAAAGUUGUAUUUUAAAUAAUAAACUGAAAGGUCAUAC